AUGGAAUUUUGGAGAAGGAAGAAGAAGGCGAGAAAAUGCUUCCUCAAAAGUGGAAGUAUGUUUCUUCAACAACUCAUAGCAGACUGUAAUGGCAUGUCAAACCCUAUAAGAAUGUUCUCUUCCGAUCAAAUGUCCAAGGCCACAGAUCACUUCGAUCCCAUGUCUGCCCUCCCUAAUUCAUUUUGGUUCACCUUGUACAAGGGCGUUAUCGAAGGCAGAUCUUACGUGAUCAAGAGAUUUUCAGAGUAUGUGGUCCGUGCAGAAGAAGCGAAUGUUUACAACGACAUAGCCUUGUCUGCUCGGGUAAGUAAUCACAGUGGUUUCCUCAAACUCAUUGGUUGCUGUCUCGAAUUUCCUCGUCCGAUAAUGGUAUUUGAAGACCUAGAAUAUAUAGCCGUGAAUGAGCGAGGAAGUCUUGGUUCGGAGGACGGGCCGUUGCUGCCUUGGAAUGUACGAUUGAAGAUAGCGAAGGAGAUUGCGACUGCUAUAACUUAUCUUCACUCUGCCUUCCCUAGAAUCAUUAUACACAGAGAUAUAUGUGCAAAAAAUGUUUUCUUGGAUAAGAAUGGGACUGCUAAGCUCACUGAUUUAACGGUUGCCGUAACACUUCCUGAAGGUAAAUCGUGGAUUGAAGAUAGGGUGACUGGAAUAAUCGGAUACAUAGAUCCUAUUUAUGCCAGGACGGGCAUAGUGACAGAAUAUUCAGAUGUGUACAAUGUGUACAGUUUUGGAAUCCUUAUGUUGAUUCUUCUGAUGGGAAAACCAUCACUUCUGGAUGAUUCAGAUGGGCACUUGGUUUUUGAUACUAAUAUUCUCGUACAUGUGAAGGAUCUGCAGCAGAGAGGAGAACCUGUUGAAUUCGGGGGUGAUUCGAACUGACAUGAGGCCUGGUCAGAUUCUCGACCUGGCACUCGGAUGCUGCGAGGAGAGGACUGAGGACAGGCCUAAGAUGAUCUUGGUUGCAAAAGAGAUUAAGCUUAGCAAGCAUCACUAGAUUGUUAAAAAGUUCAAAUUCUGAGGAUGUUCAGACAGGAAGUUUGAGAUUAUGCUCAUACUUUAGUUGUGUAUUGUGUAUUGCUGUCUCAUUUCUUACCUUUAAUACUAUGUAACAUUUGAUUCUUGAGUAAAACUUUCAUCUUGAUUAAGAAAGA